AUUCAUCCAUCCCCCUCCACCACCACCUCCACCACUACCACAUCCACCAACUAACUACCACCUCCACCACUACCACCGUUCCGUGCGUGCGCUCAUGCCACCACUAUGAGUCCGAGUCCCAGGUCUCGCGUAGCCUUAAGGGCAGCCCGGCCGAUCCUAUAGACGAAUGAGCUCGCAGAAUCGCCACAGUGCAGCUAUUCUGGGCAGUACUCACAGCUACAUCGCACAUCGGCCGACGACUUUCUUUCCCCCCCUCCCCUUUACGCCAUCGCUUACUAGUCCUCGCCAAGGGGUGUUCGCAAGAGACCACAAAUGGCAACGAGUUCAUGUUGGCGAUCCAACACCUGACGGAGGAGCUAUUCGUCUUUUAGUCACCGGAAGUAGCACGGGCACAGACGCAGCCUCUUGGUUUCUCUGCCCUCCGACACGCGCUCGCCGGCCGAUGGCUCCACGCAGCGGAUCGUGGGCUGCUGCUCAGGCCUCAUCCACGGCCUCAACGCCCUCCUGCCAGCGCCUCAGGCCUCACCAUUGGAGUGCACUGCCAUGCAGGCCGGCAGCUCACGCUCCUGUAAGACCGGCAGAUGGUCUGCAGUGGCCUGCGCAGGGAGACGCAGGGAGACGCGCCCAGUCGAGGCGGGUCCAGGGCUUGGCAGCGAAGAAGGAGGGCUCACCUCACGCACCUCACGCACCUCACGCACCCACCACCGCACCUGGAAGAUGGUGCAGCAGCACACACGACCUGUCUCGAGAUGAUCUGUGACGCGGCAAGCGACGCGCAAAGGGUCCAGAUCAUCGCCAUUGCACCAGAGGUCAACCAGUAACCGGGGUCUAGCCGAGUAAUAGUAAUCACUACUUGGUCUCUCGAG